AUGAAUUUUAUAUCUACCGCGCGUCCCUUCAUAAUGGAUUUCGAUAGUCUCAAUUAUGAGUUUAAUCCCCGAUUUGUUAAAUCAAUGAAUUUCAAAUUGAUACCCUACGACCAGCAUAAUGCCGUCAAUGUCAGUAUAUUUUUUCGACGCAUUAUCAAUAGCAUGCGUAUCAUCCAUUGGGUGACCACUGUCAAGGCGAAUGGGGAGAUAUGGAAAAUCUAUAAUGUCACCGUUAAUGGAUGUGACAUCAUAGCGGAUCAAUAUGCCAAACAGAAUACCAUAACGGAGGCGGUAAUUAAAAAAAUAAGAGAGAAAGUUCCGCAACUGCCACGGAAAUGUCCUUUCACAAAGGACACCGAAUUUUCUCUGAUAAACUUCUAUUUGGACGAAGAAAUGAUGCCAGUCUAUUUGCCAAAUAUUAAAUUCGAAACGGCCUUUAAUAUGUACACGAAAAAUGAUUAUCUCAUAAAAAUUAUGCUCAACGCUCAUGUUGAAUCGAAAAAGGGUCAACGAUCGGCAAAUGGAACUCGUAACAAAAAUGGAAUUUAG